GUGCUGCUACGCGAAUACAAGCUGCGCUCGUACACCUUGAACGCCGUCAGUUUCCACUUCCUGCAGGAGCAGAAGGAGGACGUGCAGCACUCCAUCAUCACCGACCUGCAGAACGGGUCGGAGCAGACGCGCCGGCGCCUGGCCGUGUACUGCCUGAAGGACGCCUACCUGCCGCUGCGCCUGCUGGAGAAGCUGAUGUGCGUCAUCAACUACAUGGAGAUGGCGCGAGUCACCGGGGUGCCGCUGGGCUACCUGCUCUCCCGGGGCCAGCAGGUCAAGGUGGUGUCGCAGCUGCUGCGCCAGGCCAUGAAGCAGGACCUGGUGAUGCCCGUGGUGAAGUCGGAAGGGGGCGAGGACUACGCCGGUGCCACGGUCAUUGAGCCUCAGAAGGGGUACUACGACGUGCCCAUCGCCACGCUGGACUUCUCCUCCCUGUACCCCUCCAUCAUGAUGGCUCACAACCUGUGCUACACCACGCUGCUGCAGCAGGGGGCGCCGGAGCGCUACGGGCUGUCCCCCGAGGAGUUCAUCCGCACCCCGACGGGCGACCUCUUUGUCAAGGCCUCCGUGCGCAAGGGGCUGCUCCCUGAGAUCCUGGAGAACCUGCUGGCCGCCCGCAAGAGGGCCAAGGCAGAGCUGCAGCGGGAGACCGACCCCUUCACGCGGCAGGUGCUGGACGGGCGGCAGCUGGCGCUCAAGGUCAGCGCCAACUCGGUCUACGGCUUCACCGGCGCCCAGGUGGGCAAGCUGCCCUGCCUGGAGAUCUCCCAGAGCGUGACGGGUUUUGGGCGCCAGAUGAUUGAGAAAACGAAGCAGCUGGUGGAGUCGAAAUACACCAUCGCCAACGGGUACAGCGCCGACGCCAAGGUGGUGUACGGGGACACGGACUCGGUGAUGUGCCGCCUGGGGGUGCCCUCGGUGGCGGAGGCCAUGCGGAUCGGGCGGGAAGCGGCCACCUGGGUCUCCGGCCACUUCCCGCCCCCCAUCAAGCUGGAGUUCGAGAAGGUGUACUUCCCCUACCUGCUGAUCAACAAGAAGCGCUACGCCGGGCUCUACUUCUCCUCCAGCGCCAGCGCCCACGACAAGAUGGACUGCAAGGGCAUCGAGACCGUGCGGCGCGACAACUGCCCCCUGGUGGCCAACCUCAUCAACACCUGCCUGCAGAAACUGCUCAUCGACAGGGACCCGGCGGGCGCGGUGGCCCACGCCAAGGAGGUGAUCUCGGACCUGCUGUGUAACCGGGUGGACAUCUCCCAGCUGGUGAUCACCAAGGAGCUGACGCGCACGGCCCACGA